UUUCAGAUUAUAUAGCAGAGACCAUUGUCUCCUCCUGCACCCACCUUUGCCUUAAAAGCUUUUCUUCUUUUUUGCAGGCUUCACGUUAGAGAUGGCAGCCCAUGCUUAAAAGUCCAAAGCUUUUGAGGUGAUGGAAGGGAAUAUUAAUAUAUUGAUUGGAAUCAUCAAUCUCUGAAACGGAAAAUUGUUAUUUUUUGUUUUAUUUCACGUCCAAGUCUGAGUGAAUAUGUCUUCAGCUACUUGGAUUACUUCCCUUUCAUGUUCAAGCUCUGUGAUUGAAUUCUCCAAGGAGACGACAUCUAUUCCUGUUAUAUUCCAAUGGCUGAGAUUCAUUUUCCUCUCCGCAUGUCCUCAAAGGGCACUCUUAUCCGCCGUUGAUCUCUUGUUCUUGCUCACCCUCCUAUGCUUUGCUGUUCACAAGCUCUAUUCUAGAUUCUCAGGCAAUCGCCAUGGCAGCUCCGACAUCAAUAAGCCUCUCGUAAGAAAUAACAGGGCGCUUAUCAAGACAACCCUAUGGUUUACACUCUCUUUGAUUGUGACGGCUGUGUUGGUGUUUUCUUACACUAUUGUAUGUAUUCUCGCAUUUACUACAAGUAGCCAGGAGCCAUGGAAGCAACUUGAUGGAAUAUUUUGGUUAGUUCAAGCCAUAACUCAUGUUGUGAUUGCAAUCUUAAUCAUCCACGAGAAGAGAUUCGAGGCUGUUAAUCACCCUUUGUCUCUUCGAGCUUAUUGGUUUGCGAAUUUUAUCGUCAUUUCCUUGUUCGCUGUGUCCAGUAUCAUUCGUGUGGUGUCUGUUGAAACAUUCGAAUAUAAGUAUUUGGGGUUGGAUGAUAUUGUUUCCUUCGUUUCUUUUCCAUUAUCAGCUGUUCUUCUUCUUGUCGCCAUUAGAGGUUCAACUGGUAUAACGGUGACCAGAGAAUCCGAAUCAACAAUGAAUGAUGAAGAAGAAGAGUUACUUGAGCCGCUUUUGAGCAAACCGAAAGUGAGUGGCUUUGCUUCCGCUUCUAUAGUAUCAAAGGCCUUUUGGAUAUGGAUGAAUCCUCUGUUGAGAAAAGGCUACAAAUCCCCUCUCAAAAUGGAAGAAGUCCCAACUUUGUCACCCGAACAUCGGGCCGAGAAGAUUUCGAAGCUCUUUGAAGUGAAUUGGCCUAAACCGCACGAAAAAUUGAGCCACCCUGUUCGAACUACACUGCUAAGAUGCUUUUGGAAGGAAGUUGCUCUCACUGCAUUCCUUGCCAUAGUGCGGCUCUGCGUUAUGUAUGUUGGUCCUGUACUGAUCCAAAGCUUUGUUGAUUACACCUCCGGGAAACGAAGCUCGCCGUAUGAAGGGUAUUAUCUUAUAUUGAUUCUACUCGUAGCUAAGUUUGUUGAAGUGUUGACGACUCAUCAAUUCAACUUCAACUCUCAGAAACUCGGGAUGCUCAUUCGCUGCACUCUCAUCACUUCUUUAUACAAGAAGGGCUUAAGGUUAACCUGCUCUGCUCGUCAGUCUCAUGGUGUUGGACAGAUUGUGAAUUACAUGGCUGUUGAUGCUCAACAGCUCUCUGAUAUGAUGUUGCAGCUCCAUUCUAUUUGGUUGACUCCUUUGCAAGUUGCAGUCGCCUUGGUGCUUUUGUUUAGGUAUCUCGGCGCUGCAAUAGUCACUGCAGUGCUCGGACUUCUCGGCGUUUUUAUCUUUGUUAUAAUGGGAACUCGAAGGAACAACCGGUUUCAAUUCAAUGUGAUGAAGAAUCGCGACAAGAGGAUGAAGGCCACCAAUGAGAUGCUUAAUUACAUGCGGGUGAUCAAGUUCCAGGCGUGGGAAGAACACUUCAAUAAAAGAGUCCAAUCUUUUCGUGAAACCGAGUUCGGAUGGCUAAGCAAAUUCUUGUAUUCAAUCUCUGGAAAUAUCGUAGUGAUGUGGUCAACACCACUACUGAUAUCUACCCUCACAUUUGCGACUGCACUUCUGUUAGGAGUGAAACUUGAUGCAGGGCUCGUGUUCACGACAACAACGAUCUUCAAGAUCUUGCAGGAGCCAAUAAGGAACUUCCCGCAAUCCAUGAUCUCCCUUUCGCAAGCAAUGAUUUCACUGGAGAGAUUGGAUACUUACAUGAUGAGCAAAGAAUUGGUGGAAUCGUCGGUGGAGAGACAGGAGGGUUGUGAUGGUAGAAUUGCCGUGGAAGUUAAAAAUGGGGUGUUUAGCUGGGAUGAUGAAAAAGGAGAGGAGGUUCUGAAAAAUAUCAACUUAGAGGUCAAGAAAGGGGAGCUUACAGCUAUAGUCGGGACUGUUGGAUCAGGAAAAUCUUCUCUUCUGGCUUCGAUUCUCGGUGAGAUGCACAAAAUAUCAGGAAAGGUUAAGCUUUGUGGUUCAACUGCAUAUGUAGCUCAAACAUCUUGGAUUCAGAAUGGGACGAUUAAAGAGAACAUCCUGUUUGGUCUGCCGAUGAACGAGGAGAAAUACAGGGAAGUUGUAAGGGUUUGUUGUUUGGAGAAAGAUUUGGAAAUGAUGGAAUUUGGUGAUCAGACUGAAAUCGGAGAACGUGGGAUUAACCUCAGCGGUGGCCAGAAGCAACGGAUACAACUCGCAAGAGCUGUUUACCAAGAUUGUGACGUAUACUUUCUUGAUGACGUCUUUAGUGCCGUUGAUGCUCAUACAGGGACAGAUAUAUUUAAGGAAUGUGUGAGAGGAGCUCUCAAGGGGAAGACUAUUUUGCUUGUAACCCAUCAAGUGGACUUCUUGCACAAUGUUGAUCUCAUCAUGGUGAUGCGAGAUGGGAUGAUAGUACAGUCGGGGAAGUAUAACAAUCUACUAGACUCUGGCUUGGAUUUCGGAGCUCUUGUAGCUGCACAUGAAACGGCUAUGGAACUUGUAGAAGCAGGCAACAACAUGCCUGGUGAAAAUUCCAACAAUGCAUCCAAACCUUCUCAGGGUGCUUCCAACCUUGGGGAAGCAAAUGGUGAGUCUCAAGACCACACAAAAUCCGGUAAGGGGGAUUCUAAGCUAAUCAAAGAUGAAGAGAGGGAAACUGGUAAAGUCAGCUUCCAUGUGUACAAGAUGUACUGCACUGAGGCUUUUGGCUGGUGGGGUGUGGCUGCAGUUCUGCUAUUAUCUCUUUCAUGGCAAGGUUCUCAAAUGGCCGGUGAUUAUUGGCUAUCAUAUGAAACUUCAGCCGAACGAGCUCUUUCUUUCAACCCUUCAGUAUUUAUUUCUGUUUAUGCCAUCAUAGCAGCCGUGUCUGUGGUGUUGAUAAUGUUCAGGGCAUUUUUUGUUACACUCAUGGGGCUUAAGACAGCCCAAAUCUUUUUCGGGCAAAUCCUUCACAGCAUCCUGCAUGCCCCUAUGUCCUUUUUCGACACCACACCUUCAGGAAGAAUUUUAAGUCGGGCAUCAACUGAUCAGACCAACGUUGAUAUCUUCGUUCCAUUCGUCAUGGGCCUUACCGUUGCCAUGUACAUUACACUGCUCAGCAUCUUCAUAAUCACAUGUCAAUACGCCUGGCCAACAAUAUUCUUGAUAAUUCCUCUUGGUUGGCUGAAUUUCUGGUAUCGGGGGUACUACCUUGCAUCAUCUCGAGAAUUAACUCGCCUUGACUCGAUCACUAAAGCACCUGUCAUUCAUCACUUCUCGGAAAGCAUCUCUGGAGUUAUGACAAUCCGCGCAUUCAAAAAGGAGGAUAGUUUCUGUCAGGAAAAUGUUAACAGAGUUAAUUCCAAUUUACGCAUGGAUUUCCACAACAACGGAUCAAAUGAAUGGUUGGGCUUCCGUUUGGAACUUAUUGGGAGCGUAAUCCUCUGCCUUUCAACCUUGUUUAUGAUCAUGUUACCUAGCAGCAUUGUCAGGCCAGAGAAUGUCGGGUUAUCUCUUUCAUAUGGAUUGUCCCUCAACAGUGUAUUGUUCUGGGCCAUAUAUAUGAGCUGCUUUGUGGAAAAUAGGAUGGUUUCUGUUGAAAGAAUAAAGCAAUUCUCAAAGCUUGAGCCAGAAGCAGCAUGGCAUAUCGAAAACCGCCUUCCCCCUCCGAAUUGGCCUGCCCAAGGCAAUGUUGAGCUCAAAGACCUACGGGUUAGAUACCGUCCAAGCACGCCUCUUGUACUUAAAGGCAUUACUCUGAACAUUAAUGGUGGUGAAAAGAUCGGUGUUGUUGGUCGGACCGGGAGUGGGAAGUCGACUUUAAUCCAAGUUUUCUUCAGACUGGUUGAGCCAACAGGAGGGAAAAUAAUUAUUGAUGGCAUAGAUAUAUGUAUGUUGGGACUUCAUGAUCUUAGGUCACGCUUCGGGAUCAUCCCUCAAGAACCUGUCCUUUUCGAAGGAACUGUUAGAAGCAACAUUGAUCCUGUAGGGCAGUAUUCAGAUGAAGAGAUAUGGAAGAGCCUUGAGCGCUGCCAACUUAAAGAUGUGGUUGCUUCGAAACCAGAUAAACUUGAUUCUUUAGUGGCCGACAAUGGCGAUAACUGGAGCGUGGGGCAGAGGCAGCUUCUGUGUUUGGGGAGAGUUAUGCUUAAGCGCAGCAGGCUUUUGUUCAUGGAUGAGGCAACUGCAUCCGUCGAUUCGCAAACUGAUUCCAUAAUCCAAAAGAUCAUCAGGGAAGACUUUGCAGCCUGCACAAUCAUCAGCAUCGCUCAUAGAAUACCAACAGUCAUGGACUGUGACAGGGUUUUAGUUGUCGAUGCAGGAAAGGCUAAAGAAUUCGACUCACCGUCACGCUUGCUCGAAAGGCCAACACUCUUUGCAGCGUUGGUUCAAGAGUAUGCCAACCGCUCUUCUGGACUAUAACAGAAUCUUGUGACAGAUUUUCAGACUACCGGCGCCUAAAAUCCCAUAGGUGAUAUAUUUUUUAUGUAACAAACGUAACAUGUAAGAGCUGUAGCUGCUAAUUAACCUAAUAUACUUACAGCUAUGGGGAAUGUUCUAUUUACAGUAAACGUUUAGCAAAAUGUAAUCUUCUCUUUUAGCUAUCUAUAUAAAAAUGUACUCGUUU